AUGAAACCAUUGUUCAUUUAUCCUAUCCCCCAAUCGUCUACUUGGUUCAUUGUGAUAACUGACACACUGAACCAUUUCUACUUUAAUUCCGAGGAUGACGCUUCUUAUUGGCAGUUGAGCGAAGUGGCUGAAAAAUAUGGCAUAGAUAUAAGCCAGUUUCUAUCUGAGGUCAAUUAUGAUCAAUUGGAAUUACUAUUUGCAAGGUCCAGAGGAUUAAAGCUUCGAAAGAGAAAGCGAAAGGAGGAGCGGGGCAAUGGUGUAAAUCUUGCGAAUGAUCCAACAGUACCGAACGAUGGUGAGCCUGACCAGUUUGAAAUUGUGUACGAAAAUGAGUACAUCAACAAAGCUAGUGAUGUGGUCAUUGAAUUGUCCAACGUGCAAGGUGAGAAUCGCCAAGAGAAGAUGCACUCCACAGUGGGUGUGGUUACAGGUUACUCCUCCAGCGAAGAAGAAGAAGAUCAAGAAGAAGAAGAUCAAGAAGAAGAAGAUCAACAACAAAAAGCGCAGACUAGGGAGUCGGUGCCAUUGCUACCGCUGUUGCGAGUGAAAGACCAAGACGAAUUGGAUGACAUAGUUACCCAAGUGCUACACCAACAAGGUGACGACGACAUUCAAUCAGACAAUGAAAGUCAAGUAUCACUUGAUUUGUCAGUUGAUGAUGAUUCCGAUGACAAAUCUGUGGCAACACUUGAGUUUGAGAAAAUGUUGAGUGAUUUCUCAUCGCAAAUAUCAUCAUUUGAUAGUUGGGAAUUUGUCGAAGAACAGUUAGUGAAAGAAUUCAUCAAAUACCCAGUGUACCAUUCCAUUGGUUCAAGAAGAGAAAAGGCUGAAAUUUUCCAAAAUUGGGUAGACAACAAGGAGCUGGGAGAGAGAACUAGCCAGAGCACCGGUCUUGUUGAUGAAAAGUUAUUCCCCACUGAAAAGAUGCUACUUCUCUCCCUACUACAGAACCACAAGGAUCAAGUGAAAUCAUCUUUCUAUCAAGAGUUUUACACGUUACAUUACAAGGCUUUAAAUGAAAUUGACUUAUCAAAAACUACAAAGGAGGAGGUGUUUCGCAGUUACAAGAAAUUCAUUCUCGAUUUUGCUAAAUUUGAAAAGGAGUUUAAAAAGUCACCUCAGUACAAAAAGGGUAUCAAUGUUAAAGUAAUGAAAUUGGAAGAGUAUAUUUCAUCACUAGAGAAUUUUCCUUCUGGCCACUUCACCAUUGAUCCCAACUUGUCCUUUUUCGACAAUUGGAUUAACCUAUUGAAUGAAUUUAUCACAGACGCGACAAUUGCAGAAUCGGAAAUAAAUUUUCUUCUCGGUGACGAAAAGAGAUUAAAUAGUUACAUAGCAAAACUCGUAUCUUGA